AUGUGCUUUCGCAACCGUGAAGAAAAGGAGAGGGGCGCUGCUCGCUCACGUAGCAUCGACUUGGUCAUCCGGAAGGACGAGAAGCGUAUAAGAAAGGAGGUCAAGCUGUUGCUGCUGGGAGCUGGAGAGUCCGGCAAGACAACAGUGCUUAGGCAGAUGAGACUGAUCUACGCGCAAGGUUUCGACAAGCACGAGCGACUCGAAUGGAAACCCGUAAUUUUCGACAAUAUUAUCCAAUCCUUUUGGACCAUAUCCAAAGCCAUGGCCGAGCUGAAUUAUGAGUUCGACGGCCACGAGAACGAGAACUUCAUGACGCGUAUACUCGAGAGGCACGAUGUUCAACUCCAGCAUGCUUUGCCACAGGGAUAUCUAAAGCCAAUCAAGGCCUUGUGGCGUGACAGCGGAGUCAAAGCGGCCAUCCGCAAAGGCAAUGAAUAUGGCCUGGACGACAACUUGGCAUACUUCAUUCGCAACAUCGAUCGCAUAUGGGCUCCUGGAUAUGUCCCAAAUGACCAGGACCUCCUGCGCUCGCGAUCAAGGACCGUGGGCAUACACGAGAGUGAGUUUGAGCUGGGUCGAUGGACGUACCGCAUGGUCGACGUCGGUGGUCAGAGAUCGGAGCGAAAAAAAUGGAUUCACUGUUUCGAAAACGUCCACUGCCUGCUGUUUCUCGUCGCCAUCAGUGGCUACAACCAGUGCUUGCUGGAGGAGAGGGGCUGGAACCAAAUGAAUGAGGCCUUGCUGCUGUGGGAGUCCAUUGCCAACUCCUACUGGUUCACUGAAUCGGCCAUAAUCCUCUUCCUCAACAAGAUGGACUUAUUUAUAGACAAGCUGCCUGGCAGCCCUAUCACCAAGCACGGCUUUCCUGACUACGACGGCCCCGAAAACGACUACAAAGCCGCCAGCAAGUUUAUCCUCGACAGAUUUCGGUCACUAAGCCACGACCCAGAGAAGCAGAUUUACGGCCACUUCACCAACGCGACCGAUACUAACUUGCUGAAAAUCACCAUGGCCUCCGUGCAGGAAACCAUCAUCCAGCGAAACCUUAACCAACUUGUCCUUACGUAG